CACAACAGCGGCUGUCUGAUAACCAGUACAGGUCGCAGCGUGUGCUGUGGGCGGUUCUGAAGGAACGGAUGCUUGUACCAGCCGUGCGGUAGACGUGCAGGUGGAAGUGCUAGUGUGAACUGGCGAACGUGAACUGUCCAAUGCCCGGCGUCCAGGGAUCGGGGUUCAGAAACUUGGUGGGUGAAAGGAAGGAAGAAAACGCACAAAGGGACAACGAAGGUCGAUCUAUGCACUGCGCAAUGGGGCGAUGUCCUACCAGUAGCCUGGGGAAUCAAAGGUGGACGAUAUUAAUAGAACAGAAGCGUCGUGACGUCCCAGAGGCUCUCUCCCAGACGAAACACACCAGUCCUGCUCUCCUGAAGAUUGAUACUCCGAAACACAGGGUUUUAAUCUAUUCGGAAUCCUUCUGGGAAUCUUCUGAAUCUCCGCCACGGCUCCUCCAGCCCUCUCUCCCCAGACCUUUCUCUCUCAGAACUGUCUUUCCCUGCUCGGAUGUCACCGUCCUCCCUCCUCCUCCUCCCUCGUCCUCUCCACGAGCUCAGCUCAGCGAAGAUUAUCCCAAACAGCGAGGGGUCUCCGUGCGCCCGUGCACCAUGGUGUCGCCGCCUCCGUUCCUCUCGGGCUCAGAGGGAGAAAGGCCGAUAUGAAGACGGACAAUACACCUUAGAGGAAGGGAGGCAGAGCCACGGUCGUCUGACAGUACCCGGGGUCUCUUACAUACCGCAAUUGUUAGCACGGAAGCCCGAUUCACAAUAGAAACAUUAUGCCUGUAUGUUUGCCAUCUUUACGAGGCCGAAAUCGUCACCAGAUGGAUGCCACCCUGUCACCAUUUUCCUCCGGAAGCAACAACGAGAAUACUAACAUCCGCCGUGGCCGCCACGCCAUCUCCCCUGCUUUUGCCCGCUAACGCGGUGCCCAUUCC